UUACAAUCCCAACAAGAGAAUUACAACUAUUUUUAUCACUGCCCCUCUCUACCCCCUUUCUUUGCAAUAAUAGACAGAUAAGAGAAUCACAAACGGAGAGACUCCAUUGGAGCUGGACCAGCGACACCAAAGACAAAGAAAAGGGAAAAUCCGAACCCCAAACCAAACAUCUUCUUCACACUUGCCCAAUCCAUCCUACCCACCACCACCACCACUUCCAUUUCCGAUCCGCGGCAGCGCCCGCCGGCGCAUUUACAGCUCCACCUGCCUCUUUCGUCUUCUUUCCAUUCACUCUCCUGAAAUUGGGUCGCCGUUGCUCCUCUCUCUCCACCGCCUAGUUUCCCCACUUCCCUCCCCGCCUGCCUGAAAUUUCCACCACCCAUUUUUCCCCGCUAGUUUUAGGUUUUCCCCACCAUGGCGCUGGGGCCUAGGGUUUGGAAGAGGUGGACAUGGAAGGUGGGUUUCGUGUUUGCUCUCACUCUCUUUGCCACCACCUUCGCCGACGCUGCUGCUGUUGCUGCUACUAGGGUUCCGAUGUGCCCUAGACCUUCUAUUACAGAUUCGAUCUUUGGGUUUCGAGAUGCCAACCCUGAUUUCCCUAAUUCCCAAUCAAUGCCUUCCGCUUGCGUCAACGAGGGGGACGAGGUUUCACUACAGAAAGCGCUAGAUUUGAUAUACAAGGGUGGUCUGGACUAUGUAGCUGUGCUCUUUUAUGCAGCAUGGUGCCCUUUUUCAAAGGCUUUUAAACCUAGGUUGCCUGUCUUGGCUUCUUUGUAUCCGUCUAUACCACAUAUCGUGGUCGAAGAAUCAGCCAUUCGUCCCAGCAUGCUGUCAAAGUAUGGAGUUCAUGGCUUCCCUACUCUUGUGCUUCUGAAUUCUACAAUGCGUGUGAGGUAUCACGGUUCCCGCACUCUUGGCUCUCUUGUUAAUUUCUACAGUGAUGUAACCGGUAUAACAAUUACAUUACCUGAUAAAGCAUCUCUGACCAACAACUGGCACCCGUCAAAGCGUGGGAAGCAUGACAACAAUGACCAUGAAAGCUGCCCCUUCUCCUGGGCUAGGUCUCCAGAGAAAUUGUUUAGGCAGGAGACGUAUUUAGCUCUGGCCUCUGCCUUUGUCCUCCUCAGACUGCUCUACUUGAUUUUGCCUGGUCUGCUCUCAUUUUCUCAACUUGUUUGGAGGAGGCACCUUCAUUAUCCCAGAAUAGGGAGCAUACUUGAUCAUCCGCGUGCCUUUCUGGAUGAUGUCGUCCAAGCGUUCAAAUGCCUUGUGGGGCCUUGCAGCAGGAAAACGAACCUGCAAGAAGGCGCCAUGAACGCCAGAGCUUGGGCUUCAAAGUCGCUUGCCACGGUAUCAAUAGGAGAAGCGAGCACGAGCAGAGGAGCUUCGCAGAUACGGGAAUGUCGGUGAUAAAAAAGAAAAUGGAUGAAAGCUACAUGGCUGGUGUGCUGGGUAGAGUAUGCCUAGAGAGCUCGGUUUUGGCCAAUUCUCUUUUCAAGCUCAAGCUCAAGCUCUUGCUCAUAUUUGGUUAAGAUGCAAUACAACAAAAGUAAUGUUUUGACAAUGUAGUAAAGGUCAAUUAAUUCUCUUAUUUGUUUAUAUUCAGGCAUCAUACAAUUCAUUUGGCCUUUGGAAAAGAAACCAAUUAUUUGAAUCCAACUUGUGAAUAGGUUUUGAAGCUAUCAGGAAUGAAAACCGUGUGACAUUGUGUCUUUAUUUGUUACUUAUUAGACGGCAUUUGUGGAUAGUGGUGGUAAUUGGUUUGGUUUCCGGUCAACGGAGUAGUUGGAUUGAUUAUCUGUUUACUUGUAAGGAUGAAGAUAUCGAUUGGAUCGGUUAUCCGUUAAUAGAAUGAAUAAUUGAGUAUAAAUAAUUAAAAGAUCAAG